UAGAAGCGACACUUAAGUGAGCCUGCUAGCCAAAUGGUGAAAUUCUGGAGGGGAAAAGGAGGCUCAAGAAAGGAAGAAUGCUAUGCGGAUGAUCAAGAGCAAAAAGAGUUGAAAUCCAGACUUCCUGAAGCCAACUCUAGCAAAGAGAAAGAGUUCUGUUUCUGCCAGCCAGACCCAGUCUCCAGUGCUGGUCCCCCUGAUGGCAGUUUGUACAACCCUGUGAAACCUGCCAAGCUGGACGCCACAGCUUUGCACGACUGCACUUUGGCCGCCACUGUGCCUCCUUCGGAGCUGUCGAAUCAUGCAGUCCUAGCCUGUGACACAGGCAUUCAUGAAGAGCAGUAUGUAAGUGAAGCAGUGGAAGAUGAUGUGCCAGACUGCAGAGAGUACAGAGAUGCCUGCACCAUUACUGAUGUGUGCAAUAGUACCAAUCUUCCUGAAGUUGAAAUCAUCAGUCUACUGGAAGAGCAGCUGCCUCAUUAUAAGCUAAGAGCAGACACAAUCUAUGGUUAUGACCACGACGACUGGCUUCAUACACCUCUCAUUUCCCCUGAUGCGAAUAUUGACUUAACAACUGAGCAAAUAGAAGAGACCUUGAAAUACUUCCUUUUAUGUGCUGAAAGAGUGGGCCAGAUGACUAAAACGUACAAUGACAUAGAUGCUGUUACACGUCUUCUUGAAGAGAAAGAACGGGACUUAGAAUUAGCUGCUCGGAUUGGCCAGUCAUUGUUAAAGAAGAAUAAAUCACUGACAGAAAGAAAUGAAUUCCUGGAGGAGCAAGUAGAACACAUCAGGGAAGAGGUUUCUCAGUUGCGGCAUGAGCUCUCCAUGAAAGAUGAGCUGCUCCAGUUCUAUACCAGUGCCGCUGAAGAAAGCGAGCCAGAGUCCAUCUGUUCCACCCCGCUGAAGAGGAAUGAAUCUUCCUCCUCUGUCCAGAACUACUUUCAUUUGGAUUCUCUUCAAAAGAAACUGAAGGACCUUGAAGAGGAGAAUGUUGUGCUUAGAUCUGAGGCCUGUCAGCUGAAGACUGAAACAAUUACUUACGAAGAGAAAGAACAACAGCUUGUCAAUGACUGUGUAAAAGAGCUAAGGGAUGCAAACAUCCAGAUUGCCAAUAUCUCCGAAGAGUUAGCAAAGAAAACCGAAGAUGCUGCCCGGCAGCAGGAAGAAAUCACACAUCUUCUCUCUCAGAUAGUCGAUCUGCAGAAAAAGGCAAAAGCUUGUGCAGUUGAAAAUGAGGAACUUGUCCAGCAUUUGGGAGCAGCUAAAGAUGCCCAGAGACAGCUCACAGCAGAGUUGCGGGAGCUUGAAGACAAGUAUGCGGAGUGCAUGGAAAUGCUUCAUGAGGCUCAAGAAGAGCUGAAAAACCUUAGGAACAAGACAAUGCCAAAUGCCAUAUCACGUCGGUACCACUCUCUCGGUCUCUUCCCUAUGGAUUCUUUGGCAGCAGAGAUAGAAGGGUCAAUGAGGAAAGAACUGCAUUUAGAUGAACCCGACUCUCCUGACUUGGCUCAUCAGAAGCGGGUCUUCGAGACGGUGAGAAAUGUUAACCAAGUUGUCAAGCAGAGAUCCAUGACUCCGUCACCAAUGAAUAUCCCAGGCUCUAACCAGUCCUCUGCUAUGAACUCAGUCAUUUCUAGCUGUGUCAGCACUCCACGUUCCAGUUUCUAUGGGGGAGACAUCUCUAAUAUUAUGAUAGACAACAAGACCAAUAGCAUCAUCCUAGAGACAGAAUCCUCUGACAAUGGAAAUGAAGACAGGAUGAAGAAGCCUGGAACUCCGGGGACUCCAGGCUCCAGUGACCUAGAGACUGCCCUUCGUAGGCUGUCCCUCAGGCGGGAGAAUUACCUCUCGGAGCGGAAGUUCUUUGAAGAAGAGCAGGAAAGGAAGUUGCGGGAACUGGCAGAAAAGGGCGAACUCCAUAGUGGUUCUGUUACCCCCACAGAGAGCAUUAUGUCGCUGGGAACUCACUCCAGAUUUUCAGAAUUCACUGGAUAUUCGGGAAUGUCGAUCAGCAGUCGCUCCUACCUGCCAGAAAAGCUUCAGAUUGUGAAACCACUAGAAGGUUCUGCCACUUUGCACCACUGGCAACAGCUGGCUCAGCCUCACCUGGGCGGAAUCCUGGACCCGAGGCCCGGGGUUGUCACUAAGGGCUUCAGGACCCUGGAUCUGGACCUGGAUGAAGUGUACUGCCUUAAUGACUAUGAGGAAGAUGAGACAGGUGACAUUUCUUACAAAGGCCUAACUACCUCGACGCCGGUUCAGCACACAGAGACCUCAGUACCUCAUCCUGGGAAGUGCAUGUCACAAACCAACUCCACCUUCACCUUCACCACCUGCCGCAUUCUGCACCCUUCCGAUGAACUCACACGAGUCACGCCAAGCCUUAACGCAGCACCUACUCCAGCUUGUGGCAGCAUUAGCAAUUUGAAAGGCACCCCGGUGGCUACUCCCUGUACUCCUCGGCGUCUGAGUUUGGCUGAAUCCUUCACUAACCUCCGGGAAUCCACGACGACAAUGAGCACAUCUCUGGGGCUGGUAUGGCUGCUGAAGGAAAGGGGCAUCUCGGCAGCAGUGUACAAUCCGCAGAGCUGGGACAGAGCCAGCAAAGGCACCCUCCUGAACACAUACCCCCCUAAAAUGGCGAUAAUUCCUUCCACUCCACCAAACUCACCUAUGCAGACACCUUCUUCUUCCCCUCCAUCUUUUGAGUUCAAGUGCACCAGCCCACCUUACGACAACUUCCUGGCUUCGAAGCCCGCUAGUUCAAUCUUGAAGGAGGUGAGGAAUAAAAAGAACAUCAGGAACAGUGAGAGUCAGACUGACGUGUCUGUUUCCAACCUUAAUCUCGUGGACAAAGUCAAGAGGUUUGGUAUCGCCAAAGUUGUGAGUUCAGGGCAAACGUCAGCUCCUCCUUUAACUGAAGACCAGGGACCUCUUCUCUGUGGGGCACAAGGACCGGUGAGGGCCCUUGUUCCUGGAGGCCUGGCACCAGACGGUCUCCCAUUGGGCUGCCCUGCUGUGACCAGUGCCAUCGGGGGCAUCCAGCUGAACACUGGCAUCCGAAGGAAUCGGAGCUUCCCCACCAUGGUGGGUUCCAGCAUGCAGAUGAAAGGCCCGACGUCUCUCACUUCGGGGAUCCUCAUGGGAACCAAGCUCCCGAAGCAAACUAGCUUACGAUGAAGGACUUUAUUUUUACAGCUAGUCUUUUUAAAUAAAAAUACUCAGUUUCUUUCUCCAGUCUUCAUUUCCUUUCCCACCACUCCUUCAUUGUCUCUUGAGUUUGACAAAUCAACUUUGUGCCUGAUGGGAGAAAUGUGUAAACUUUGUAUAAAAUGUGUAAAUACAUACCAGAUCUAUUCUAACUAAUUGGAUUAUUUUACUGUUCAGUUGAGUGCAAAAGGCUCUACGUUAUGAUUGCUGUGUUAAGGUUAACUUGCUAACCUUUUGAAAAGGUUUUUUUAAGGUGCACUGAAAAAACAAAAGAACAAAACCAACAGAAAAUAACUUGACUAGGAAAACGUGAAUUCUGUAGUUAGCCUAACGUGAGUUGAAGGUGCAUGGGAAGCUAUUGAAUGUGUUUUGUGAGACCUCGCAUUACAUCACUUGAAGCAUGGGAGCAUUUGUGCUUCAUUAAAUGCUGAAAAAAGCACUCAGUUUAACAUGUGGUAGUUUUAAUUUUGCUUCUGUAGAUGAGUUGAGCUGAGUUAUUGGAGUGCCUGGCUAUUAUGCCUGAAUGGAUGAAACUUUUUUUGCCUUUUUCUGUUCCGUAUUCUCCUCCUCCUGGAGGUGCAAAACUUGAACUGUGUUGAGGUCAGUAGGCCUCCUGGGUACCUGGAAUAUUGACAUAUUCCUAUCAACACUGUUUCAUUUGGCACGCUUACAUUCUGUGCGACUUUGGGGUUUUUUUUUCUUUUUUGAUGCUGCACUGAAUUGUGGAAGGGAAAAUGCUUUACUAUGUGUUGCUGCCACUGAAAUACGCUUUGUCAAGUGACCCCAAAGAAAACAGUUUUCACAACUCAUGAGGUAAACAUGGCAGUGACUUCCUAGAAGUCAAAGUUGCGGAACAGAUUGACAGAUAAGAAUGUUAUAAAAGAACAUGUAGCAAAACCAGUAUUAGGAAAAGGUGCGUCCUUGAAACCUCAUCAGAGAACCACAAAAAACAUUUAGUAACAGAAUGCUACAAGCUGGAAAGAGCAACUUGUAAUCCUCAUGCUGAUCUUCAGGUUUCAUGCGUGUCGAGGACCAUGGCCUUGUAAGCAGAGUGAGAAUAUUCCCCACCUACUUUCUGUUUUCUUUUUUUCAGAGAAACCUUUUUCAUCUAAAGUUGGACCUUAGCAGAGGUAAAAAUACGGGAAAUGCUUCAUUCCACAGUGUUUUUAAAUUGAAAAAACACCUCCUAAUACCAACCACAUAAUACCCACUUUUUCAGAAAAGAAACAGAAGACCUCACACAAGUUUUAGUUACGGCCAGGCGAUCCUGAUUUAUAUUGCAAUUUUUUUCUCUGUUUCUCCCAAACUUCUGCUGGGUGCUUGUAGAAAGAAUUGAAAUAUCCUGGAACUGGAGCAGACUGGAGGGAGCUUUUUUCUAGAGCUGAGCUGAGACCUUUUUUUUUUUUUUUUUUUUUGAAGGGGGGAUGGAGACUAGUGAAGGGGGCAGGGUUUAACAUCCGCUUUCUUUUUCCUUGCACUUGUGGCAUCUAAAUCAAGCUCCCUGUUUGUUACCAUAAUCACACUACACGUAAUUGCCGUGAAUUGCCGUUUGUACCAGACUGUUACUAAAUCAUUAGCACUGAUAAUUUCUUGUAUAAAUGAAACUGUCUUUUAGUCUUUGUGAGGAGAGAUAGGUGGGUGGGUUUUGUGUUUGUUUUGUUUUUUCUGAAUGAAGUAGUUACUGCAGUAGUGCUAUGGACACUAAGGAUAUCUUCUGAGAAAGAAAAAACACAUCAGUCAGUUACUGCAUGUGUUUGAAGACUUCUAUUUAUUCUAUGAACUUACAAUGUUUUAGCAAAGUGUCAUCAGCUUUCUUUGCUGUUGUAUGUGUGCACUUAAUUGCAAGUAAAUUUAAGUAUCUUUUUAUUUGAAUGUAUCUUAAAACAGUAGAUAGAAUAACAGUUGAUUCUGAAAAAAAAUCAUGGACUUAAUGGACCAUUUUAUAUCCCCAGAGGGAAAGCAAUACCAUAUGAGAACUUAAAGUGUAGAAGUUAAUCAUGCAAUCAGGAAGUAUUAUUUAGCCUUUAAAUAAGCAGUAGGAGCUGUCCACCCACCGGAGAAAGCAAUUGUUACACAUCAGAAAGAUGAAAUUUAAACUUUUCUUCACUAAUAUCAAUAAAAUAACAGAAAAGUUGCA